ACGACUUCCUGGAAGGUUUUCCAUGCGAGCGUCAGUUUUAUGUGAUGCACAGAAGAAAGAGGUAUUGGUCACCUAAAGAAGGGGACAUAGUCCAAACAUGGAAGAGGAGGAGGCGAUCCCCAAGCAGAGAGCGAGAUGGCCGCCGACUACAUACACACAGAAUAUCCCCACGUGCACACAGAUUUUCUCCGUAUAGGUCUUGCUUAAGAAGCUGGAAAAGGGACACAUUCUUUGAUCGGUGCAAGAGGACGCACUCUAGUGAAAUUCGUUUUUCUCAAGGGCACAGUACUUCAUCCCACAGCAAAAGCUAUUCCUACUCCACCCGGUCUCCAGCUCGCCCACACUCAAGAGACCGUACAAAGACAAAAGCUGAGAAACAGCCUCAUAAGAUCUCUCACAAACACAGCACUAGGUCUGGUAGCUACUCUUCCUCGAAGAGCCAGCGGAGCACUAAGGACAGCCAGAAUGUGGAGAAUGAUAAGGAAGGGCACCUGGUGUGCCGGACGGGAGAACGCAUCCAGGAGAGAUAUGAGAUUGUUGGAGACCUAGGAAAAGGGACCUUUGGCAAAGUGGUGGAGUGUCUGGAUCUUGCCAGAGGCAACUCCCGAGUAGCUCUCAAGAUCAUCCGGAAUGUGAGGAAAUACCGGGAGGCAGCGCAGCUGGAAAUAAAUGUCUUGGAGAAAAUCAAAGAGCGAGAUCAGGACAACAAAAAUAUGUGUGUCUUGAUGAGGGACUGGUUUGAUUUCCAUGGACAUGUCUGCAUUGCCUUUGAGUUGCUGGGGAAAAGCACUUUUGAGUUCCAGAAAGAGAAUAAUUUCUUACCGUAUCCUCUGGCACAUAUUCGGCACAUGGCCUUCCAGUUGUGCCAAGCAUUAAAGUUUUUGCAUGAGAAUCAGCUGACGCAUACUGACCUCAAACCUGAGAACAUUCUCUUUGUGAAUUCAGAAUAUGACAUCUGCUAUAAUGAGAGCAAGAAGUGUGAAGAAAAAUGCGUGAAAAAUCCCAGUAUCCGUAUAGUAGACUUUGGCAGUGCCACUUUUGACCACGAAUACCAUACCACUAUUGUGGCCACACGCCACUACCGUCCACCAGAAGUGAUACUUGAACUGGGCUGGUCCCAACCAUGUGAUGUGUGGAGCUUGGGCUGCAUCCUAUUUGAAUACUACACUGGAUUCACCCUUUUUCAGACCCAUGAUAACCGGGAGCAUUUAGUAAUGAUGGAGAAGAUCCUUGGACCACUACCACGCCGCAUGGUGUAUAAAACUCGGAAACAAAAGUACUUCCACAAUGGCUCCUUGAUCUGGGAUGAAAAUUCUUCAGAUGGUCGAUAUGUCAGCAAAAACUGUCAUCAACUUAUGAGUUACAAGAGCAGUGAUUCUGCGGAACACGUGCAGCUGUUUGACUUGCUGAGCAGGAUGCUGGAGUUCAGACCUGCGCUGCGCAUCACGCUUCAGGAAGCCCUGGAACAUCAAUUUUUCACUUGCUUGAAGCCAGAAGAGAAUGCUCUGGGUAACCGAAUCUCAAGAGACCUCAGCAGAUGACACGAACAGAGUUUGACUGGACACUUUAGCGAGUAUAUUGCUGUCAUUCGGACUGAUUGUAUCAUCACUGUGGCACGCUUCUUGCUCUGAACAUAUUUCCCAAUAUAUCUGUAAUAUUGUUUUCUUUGUUUAAGAGGACCAGUGCUACACACACAUGCACAAUUUAGUCAACAGCAAUCAAGGAUAGAAGUUGCACACUUCAAGCGUUUGUCAAUUUGCUUGAUUAUGGUGCAAGAGCCAUUAAGAACAAUGUGAUCUCUCUGCGUACCUGUGAUCAUGGUGGAUACUUAUAGUUCAUCGUCUGAGUCCUACUGUCAGUUUUAGUGCAGAGCAUUGUGGGAAGCUGCAGCCAUGUAACACAAAUGUUGCUUUUCUAUUUAUUAGAGGUGAAUAGUUCAUACAAAUGUAUAUAUGGGUGCACUCAGGGAGGUAGAGCACUGAGCAAGUACUCAGCUGAAUUUCAGUGGGGAAGGAGGUGCAAGGUCUAAACCAGAAUAUUACAAAGCACACUUCCCUCUUACUGGUGUGCCACUUAUAUUAUAGGGAGGAUCUUAAUAGUUUCCCUGUCUUUGUUACUGAAAGUUUGUUCUAUCAAUAAAUUUGUGAAGGUGAUUUGUUUUCAUAAAAAA